AUGCAGGCUUCAACGUCAGCAGCUGAUCAUCAUGGUCUGAACGAUGAGUCGCAUCCAGUCGCUGGUAGUGUACGGCCUGAAACGACGACCCAGCAGCAAGAGGAUGUCCCUCAUGGGUCAAAUCACGCAGAUACCUUGAGUCAUGCAACUUCUACGGCUAACGAACAGCCUGAACGCCAUCAUCGAAAUGGCCAUGGUGCAAAAGAGCACGACUUUUCUGAUUUUCUGACACCAGCGCCAGCAAUAGCAUCAUCACGAUAUAACCGACAGAUGCUGAUCCCGAGUAUUUCCGUACCUGGCCAAGAACGGAUUUCAAGCUCCAAAGUCCUCAUUAUUGGACUUGGUGGACUUGGCUCUCCUGCUGCGCUGUAUCUUGCUGGCGCUGGUGUAGGGAAGCUGGGUCUACUAGAUAACGAUGUGGUAGAGUCGAGUAAUCUACAUCGUCAGGUGGUUCAUCGUGAAAGCAGUGUGGUGAAUGGCAUGACUAAAGUGCAAAGCGCGAUUCGAGGAUGCAGAGAGCUGAACAGUGAGAUUGAAGUUGUGGGCCACGAUGUGAGGCUUGAUGUUACCAGUAAGGCUAGGGCGGAGGCAGUAUUCGAUAUUGUGGCAGAGUACGAUAUUGUACUUGACUGUACUGACAAUCCUGCUACAAGGUAUUUAAUCAGUGAUCUUUGUGUCUUGCUUGGGAAGACCUUGGUCAGUGGAGCAGCACAGAGACUUGAAGGACAGGUAUUGGUGUUGAACUAUCCUUUGCCUGAUGACGCUAAGAGAGGACCGUGCUACAGAUGCAUGUUUCCUAAUCCACCAAGUCCAGAAAUGGUAAAGGGAUGUGGUGAGAUCGGCAUCCUAGGGUCUGUUGUUGGCACGAUCGGAACAUUAAUGGCGAGUGAGACCCUUAGACUAAUUGUGAAAGGACAAGAUGAGGUAAGGAAGCCGAACAUGUUGCUGUACAAUGCAUGGCCUACAGAUCCUAGGAGUAUGUUUAGGAGCAUAGGUAUGAGACCUCGGCGUACGAAUUGUGUAUCCUGCGGGGACGAAGAAGUAUUAGCAGGUAACAAUGCUCAGAAGAUCACGAAGGAAGGCAUUGUUGAAGGACAACUGGACUAUGUCACAUUCUGUGGGAUUGUGGAAAAUAUUAAAUUGCUGAGCAAGGAGAACAGGUUGGAUGCUGCUGAAUUUUUACGCACCGUCGCGAGCAAUUCACGAACACCUGCCAUCAUCGACGCGCCCGAUCAGAAGAUGUGGCAGAACACUUUGAUUGUCGAUACCCGCGAAAGACAUGAGGUUGAAAUGGGACCACAAAUGAAACAAAGCGUCAAUUUCCCUUUUUCGAAGAUUCUACAGCAGGACAGCAAAGUGCAGGAAAUCUCAGAUUUGGUUGAUUAUCACAAUCAUAACGCGGUUGUCUUCCUAUGCCAACGAGGAAAUGAUUCGCAAAUAGCGGCGCAGAAAUUGACAGACUGGAGGAAAAAACAUAAAGUCAGGACAAUCGAAAACGAGCAGGAGCGACUGGAAAACUCCAUGACGAGGAAGUGUUUUAUUGGGGACGUUAUAGGAGGCUUCACUGCAAUCGAGAGAGUCUGA